AUGGCAUCUUUAGUGGCCCUUUCUCCUCCGCAGGACAUGGAGAGUGUAGCCGGGACAGACGAUGGGGCCUCUGUCCUUGCCACCUCCGGAAAAGACUUCCGAGUGUGCUGCACCUCUAAGCGGGCCUUGACAGAAAUGCUAGAACUGUGCGUCCGCUUAGUGCAAAAGCUGGGGGACGCGCUGCCAAAGGAGAUUUGGGAGCCCAUGUUGCGAGAUGCGCAGUGGACUUUUGAAUCAGCUGUGCAAGAGAAUGUCAGCAUUAAUGGGCAAGCAUGGCAAGAAGCUUCAGACAAUUACUUUUUGGAUUCUGAUAUCAAAGUCCUUGAAGACCAGUUUGAUGAAAUCAUAGUCGAUAUAGCCACAAAAUGUAAGCAGUAUCCCAGAAAGAUCCUUGAAUAUGUCAUCAAAAUCAUAAAAGCAAAACAAGAAAUUCUGAAGCAGUACUACCCUGUUGUACAUUCGUUGGACCUAAAAUAUGACCCUGAUCCAACUAAAGACUGCCCCCAGAGAAAAUGGUAUCCUUUGCGGCCAAAGAGAAUCAGUCUUCACACAUAA